GACAUCCCGGAAGUUAACGGCGUCUGAAGGCAUGGGGCCCAUCGGUUGUGGUGUAGAGCACAGGAGCAUGGCUCGGGCAAAGCGUAGCGGCGUCCGUCGCGGCCUGGGCGACAGGGAGGGACCCUUGAAACGCCUGCGGCUGGCCGUGGAAGAUUUCGUGCGGGCUACCUCCGAGAGCGAAGCCUGCGAGAACCGCAGCGCUGUGGCGCGCUCCCGGCUCGGCGGCCGAAAGAGCCGCAAAGAGCUUCGUAAGGAGAAGCGACACCUGAGGAAAGCGCGGCGCCUGCAGAGGACAGUAGGGUCCGGGUCAGGGGACCAGAAGGGGAGUGUCAGCCUUAACGGUGGCCCGGAGGCGCGGCGUCCCACCGAGGUGAGACCGGUGCCCGCCAAGGCCGCAGCCACCCCUGCCGAGGCCAGUGCUCCCUCCGCUAACGCCAAGGCCUCGGCGGCCCAGCCUAAGGCCAAGCGUGCCUACUCCAAGGCUGUGGCGACCUCGGCUAAAGGUGCCCCGGGAAAGCCUGGUGCCGCCGCCGCCGCCGCCGCCCGGAAGCGGGCACUUCUGGCGGCCAACGAGGAGGAGGACCGAGAGAUCCGAAAGCUGGAACGGUGCCUCGGCCUCCACAAGCGUAAGAAGAAGGGCGAUGGUGGCUCGGUGCCGCUCAGCUUCGCGCGCGACGGUCUGGACUACAUCCUGGGGGCGCUGGAAUGUGGGCGAAGCGGCGGCCUGUACGAAAGCAGCGAGGAAGAGGAGGAAGAAAAGUUGGAGACUGGACAGACGGUCUUGGAGAGUGACCUAGAGAGCAAUUCUGAAGAAAGUGAGGAGGACCCAGACUGGCAAGUGCAGCAGGAGGAUCAGGAAGAUGUAAACUCGCAAAGGAAAGGAGAAGCAGAGAGUGGGACUGGAGGAAAUAAACGGAAUAAGAAAGUGCGUUUUGCAGAAGUUGUAGAAAAGAGCGAAACGUCUUCAGCAGAUGACAUAGAACAUCAGGAGAGUCACUAUGUUGAAAGUGGUGAAAAGUACAUCCCUCCUCGGUUGAGGAGUGAGGAGACAGUAGAUGUCCACAAGAAAGAAGAGCUAGACAGGCUCAAGAAACAUGUUAAAGGCCUAAUUAACAGGUUGAGUGAGCCAAACAUGGCUUCCAUAAGUGGGCAGCUAGAGGAGUUGUACAUGACCCACAGCAGGAAGCACAUGACCGAUACCCUGACCACUGCCCUCAUGGAUGCCUGUGUCACUGCCUCCGCCAUGCCCAGCAGACUGAUGAUGGAGCAUGUCUUCUUAGUCAGCAUCCUCCACCACACAGUCGGAAUAGAGGUUGGUGCUUGCUUCCUUGAAGCUGUAGUGAAGAAAUUUGAUGAUAUCUAUAGAGAUGGAGGUGAGGGGAAAGAACUGGACAACCUCUUUACCAUGAUUGCCCAUUUGUACAACUUCCACGUGGUACAGUCUCUCCUCAUCUUUGACAUUUUAAAGAAGCUUGUUGGAACUUUUACGGAAAAAGACAUUGAGCUGAUCCUGUUGAUGCUGAAAAAUGUGGGCUUUGCAUUGAGAAAAGACGAUGCCUUGUCACUUAAAGAACUGAUCGCAGAAGCCCAGGCCCAAGCCAGUGGUGCAGGCAGCAAGUUUCAGGACCAGAACAGGGUACGGUUUAUGUUGGAAACAAUGCUGGCUCUGAAGAACAAUGACAUGCGUAAAAUCCCUGGCUAUAAUCCUGAGCCUGUGGAGAAACUGAAGAAGUUACAGAGAGCUCUGGUUCGGAAUGCUGGGUCAGGUUCUGAGACUCAGCUUCGCAUCUCCUGGGAUGGCAUCUUGAAUGCAGAGCAGACUGGUCGCUGGUGGAUUGUGGGGUCUGCAUGGAGUGGGACCCCAAUGAUUGACAACAGUCAGCACACACACCUUCAGAAGCCACUUGCAGGCACGGUUAGCUCUAAAAUGCUGGAGCUUGCGAGGAAGCAGAGAAUGAACACUGAUGUCAGGAGGAACAUAUUCUGCACUAUAAUGACAAGUGAAGAUUUCUUGGAUGCCUUUGAAAAGCUGCUGAAGCUUGGGCUGAAGGAACAGCAGGAGAGAGAGAUAGUUCAUAUCCUCAUGGAUUGCUGCCUGCAAGAGAAAACCUACAACCCUUUCUAUGCUUUCCUGGCUAGCAAGUUCUGUGACUAUGAAAGGAGAUUCCAGAUGACUUUGCAGUUCAGCAUAUGGGACAAAUUUCGAGACUUAGAAAAUUUGCCAGGAACUAAAUUCUCAAAUCUGGUUCAUCUAUUGGCACACUUGUUGAAGACAAAAUCACUUCCACUUUCUGUUCUAAAGGUAGUUGAAUUCAGUGAAUUGGAUAAACCCAGAGUUCACUUCCUUCGGAGAGUGUUGACUGCGCUGUUGAUGGAAACAGAAGAAGACGACCUAGCUGUAAUUUUUUCAAAAGUGUCCGACAACCCAAAGCUAGGAAUGUUGCGAGAAGGCCUGAAGCUCUUCAUUGGCCACUUCUUACUGAAGAACACACAGGCUCACCAGAGUGCUGAGGAAGCCAGUCUGCUGAGAGAGAGGGCAGGCCUUGCAUCUAAGUCUUUACAGGGCAAAGCCAUCUUGAGAAUGUAACCAAAGUAUAGGGAGCAUUUGACCAAGAGAUGUGAUUUGUGAUUUCAAGGCCGUCCUGCCUCUGUAAGAACAGGAGGGAUUAUGCCAUGCUCUGUCACGGUUGAAAUAUUAUAUUUUCUUUUUUGUUUGUCUGGUUUUUUUUGUUUUUUGUUUUUCAAGACAGGGUUUCUAUGUAUAGCCCUGGCUGUCCUGAAACUCACUCUGUAGACCAGGCUGGCCUUGAACUCAGAAAUCUGCCUGCCUCUGCCUCCCAAGUGCUGGGAUUAAAGGCAUGCGCCACCACUGCCCAGCUUGAAAUAUUUCAUAUUUUAAGAACCAGGGUUGUAUUGUGUACUUCAGUGUUUAUGCAUGUAUACAGAGACCAGAGGAAAGGGGAAGAGAGGAUGGGGAUUCAGCCAUGAGGGGAGGGUUGGGAUCAUAAAUUGAUGCCUUUUUAAUCUUCUAAAAUGUUGGUUAAAAGUUUAAAAGCUGGGUGCAUAGUGGCACAUGCCUUUCAUCUCUGCACUUGGGAGGCAGGGGGAGGCAGAUCUCUGAGUUCCAGGCCAGCCUGGUCUGCAUAGUGAGUUCUAGGACAGCCAGGGCAAAUUGUGUGACCCUAUCUCAAAAAAAGAAGAAAAAGAAACUGUUCAGCCACUCCCAGAGGUUUGCCCCCAGGCAAUUGGGACCCUAUCAGGUGGGCAGUGUAUAGAGAUGUAAAGAGUAAAGCCCCGCAGUGGGAGUCUUGCUCAGACUCUAGGCUCACUCCUCAACUCUACACAAAAAAGUACUUUUUUAAACUUAUCUUUUCUAAAUUGUAUUUAUGUGUGAGUGUAUGCACAUGUGUACAAGUGCUUUUGAAGGCCAGAAGAAGGACGUCCUAGCACUGGAGUUCCAGGUGGUUGCGGGCUGCCUAAUUUGGCUUAUGGAAACUAAACUGAGCUCCUCUUAGGAGAACAGCAAGCGCUCUCAACCAAGCCAGAUCUCCAGCCCCAGCUGUCUUUUUUCCCACUCCCCACCAGGGUAUCCCCUUGUAACCCUAGCUGUCCUGGGACUCAAUUUGUAGAUUAGAGACCUAUAUGUAUUAGAGAUCAAUAUGUAGAUCACAGAGACCUAUAUGUAUUAGAGAUCAAUAUGUAGAUCACAGAGACCUAUAUGUAUUAGAGAUCAAUAUGUAACUCCCCCACCCUCCAUGGAGUUAAAGGUAUAUGUCACCAUGUCAGGCCCCAAUUCUGUGUGUGUGUGUGCACGCUUCUUACAGUAAAGGUUAACUAAUAGAUAAGCUAGGUGCAGUGGCACACACCUUUAAUCCCAGCACAUUGGAUGCAGAGGCAAGCAGAUCACCACAGUUCUCAGUCAGCCUGGUCCUUAAAGCAAGUACCAGGACUAAAGAACUUGUCUCAAACAACAACAAACAUGUAUAGAAUCACUUUUAAAAGGGGGGGAUUUCAUCUGUAAAAAAAAAUGUAAAUUUUAUGUAAAAAAUAAACAACUUUUAAGGUA